AUCAUCAAUUUUAACGGCUCAGAUCAUUUACUGUACGUAAACUUCCGGCCUUGUAUAUACAUAUAUAUAAUAUAUAUUCAUAGGAAAGACUCUUCAUCUUCUUCUCAUCUCAAUCUCCUCCUCUGCUUUACAAUGGCAAAGAGUAUUAUAAUCUACGGGCUGCUCAUAACAUUCCUCCUGUUAACACCUACCCACCAUCUCAUGCUCGUCAAUGGUAGGAUCCAGAUGAGAAACGUACCUAUGGAAUCAAUUCUAGAAGAUCUAGAGAACUGUCACAAGAUUGAUCCGAGAUUGUGGGCCCCAGACACCGAUUUCUCGAAACUACGACUGUGGGAUCGGCCGGAAGUCGGCGACAGAGCGGCUUAUUUCGCCUAUAUCCAGCAGAAGUUAAGAGUUCCUGAAGAGAUCCAAAGCAUUUGCCAUCUUUCCAAAGGUGUUUACUCGAUCCGAAGCAGACCUCUUAGAAGGAAACGAAAUGUUACGAGCCAAGGAGUAAUUUUUAUUCAGAGUACGGAACUCAUGAUGCAAAUCGAAACUCCGCCGCAUUAUUCUGCGGGUGAAAGCUGGGAAUAUGCGGGCUCAGAAAUAAUGGUUCGUAGAGAACCGCACGAAUCUGAUUGCCGUGUGAAGACGCUCAGAAGAAUGAAUUGUUUCGAGAGAGAACUCUAUCGUGCUAUGUUGUCGGAGCCAUCGAUCCAGUUGGACGAAUUCUCUAAGGGGAUGAAAAGAGGCUCUAUAUGGUUGGUGCACUGAUCUCUCUACUAAGAAUCAUAUUAGUGUUACUGCAGUUCUUCUCUUUUUUUUUUCUCUUUUUUCUUUUUUCUUUUUUUUUCUCGUAACCCUCACUAUGUCUCUUUUUAGUUCCUUUCUUCGAUCUCAAUUAAGAUUCCAAC